GGGGCGGUUCUGUGUCACAUAAAAAUAAAAUUAAAAUAAAAGUGACCAAUGAGAGGGGCUUUGCGUCAGCGGUUACUCGGGAGGAUGAACCAAUCGCAGAGCAAGAGUGAGCGAAAUGGUGGCGGGUGAUUUUUUUUUUUGACGGGCGGCGAGGGGAGCCAGUGGUAGCACGACUUUGUGCGAGACGUCACUGCUUGGCAAGGGAAGGCAAGCCAAUGACGAGGCGGAGAUGAGCCGCGCCGGGGCGGGGCUUGCGCGGCCCCAGGGGCGGAGAGGCGCAGGAGGGAAGAAGCUGGUUGAAGAUGGCGGACGGUGACAGUGGGAGCGAUCGCGGCGGCGGGACCGGGCUCCAGCACUUCCACCGGGAGCAGGACACGCAGGAGCUCGCUUCCAAGCGGCUCGACAUCCAGAACAAGCGCUUCUACCUGGACGUGAAGCAGAACGCCAAGGGCAGGUUCAUCAAGAUCGCCGAGGUCGGGGCCGGGGGCUCCAAGAGCCGGCUGACCCUCUCCAUGUCCGUGGCGGCCGAGUUCCGCGACUACCUCGGCGACUUCAUCGAGCACUACGCCCAGCUCGGCCCCAGCAGCCCGGAGCAGAUCGCGCAGAGCUCCGCGGGGGAGGACGGCGGGCCCCGCCGGGCUCUGAAAAGCGAGUUCCUGGUCCGAGAGAACCGCAAGUACUACCUGGACCUGAAGGAGAACCAGCGGGGCAGGUUCCUCCGGAUCCGGCAGACCGUCAACCGCGGCCCCGGGUUCGGGCUCGGCGCGGGAGGAGGCGGGCCGGGCGGGGGCAUGCAACCCGGGCAGACCAUCGCUCUCCCCGCGCAAGGGCUGAUCGAGUUUCGGGACGCCCUGGCGAAACUCAUCGACGAUUACGCGGGGGAGGACGAGGAGCUGGCCGGGGGAGGAGGGGGGUCCGGCGGCGGCGGCUACGGCGAGCUGCCGGAGGGGACCUCCAUCACCGUGGAUUCCAAACGCUUUUUUUUCGACGUGGGCUCCAACAAGUACGGGGUGUUCCUGCGAGUCAGCGAGGUGAAGCCCAGCUACAGGAACUCCAUCACCGUGCCCUUCAAGGCGUGGGUGAAGUUCGGGGGAGCCUUCAGCCGCUACGCCGAGGAGAUGAGGGAGCUCCAGGAGAGGCAGCGGGAUAAACCGUACGAGAGGCGGGGCGGGGAGGAAUCCGAGGAAGACGAGGCGGAGGACGAUUGACUCUGCCUCGGUUCAGCCGCUGAUUAAACUGCCCCCACCCCCCCGGCCGAGCUGCACACGGGAAACACGCCGCAGUGACUUUACUAAACCGUCCAGUCCAAGAUCACAACUCGGGGCUAGCAACGAGAGAGAGAGGAUCUAACACAACACGCAAAAACAAAACACCGGGGAGGGAAGGGUUAAAUAAAUAUGAAUACCUGCAUGACGAGGCGAACAUUUCAAAAAUAAUGAAACGAGAAUCUUAUCGAGGAGUGAAUGCAGAACGGUGUGGUUGCAAAGAAAUAUAUAAUAAUAAUAAUAAUAAU